UGACCAACGAGGACGUUGGUCCUUAAGGAGGGGCGAAUGUUAUGGACUGAAACCAUUGCAAGGUAUGGGACUUGUCCCACAUCGGUUGUAUGGGCAAUUGAUGUGGGGUUUAUAGGCCAAAUGGGUUCCCUCACCUAUCAGACUAGUCUUUUGGGUUGAGUUCUUCCGUUUGGUCUGUAACAUGGUGUCAUGGUCCUUCUGCUUUGGUGGUUAAAGAAGCUGCAUGGGGUCUUGCCCGCUAUGCUGCUAUAUCUCAGGACAAUGGUCUUGUACCAAUAGUGCAGCCUCAGAUUCUCCUUGAUGGGGACCAUUCCAUUGAAAAAACUCUUGAGGUUGCCAAACGGGUGUGGGCAGAGGUUUUAUAUUAUCUGGCGGAAAACAAUGUUAUGCUUGAAGGAAUUCUGCUUAAACCUAGCAUGGUUACCCCGGGCGCUGAACAACAAGAGAAGGCUUCUCCGGAUACUAUUGCCAAGUACACUCUCACUAUGCUUAAAAGGAGAGUCCCUCCUGUUCCUGGAACCUUAUUCUUGUCAGGAGGAGAAUCUGAAGUGGAAGCAACACUGAACCCCAAUGGGAUGAACCAAACUCCAAACCCGUGGCAUGUUUCCUUCUCAUACGCAUGUGCAUUGCAAAACUCUGUCCUGAAGAUGCGGCAAGGACGACCCGAGAUUGCAGGAGCUGCCCAAAAAGCACGGUUGGUUCGCGCAAAAGCCAACUCCCUGGCUCAGCUCUAAGAAAGGAAUGUUUGUCAAGGGUUACACACCUACUAAGUACUGAAUCUAUGCUAGUGUACACUCACUCUCUCUGAUACUUAAUUAGGUUAUUUGCAAAUGUUAUAGUAAUUUGACAACCUAUCCUUGUCUGAAUCUGUCUAGAGAUGAAAAAGGUUAAUAAGCUUCUCCAAUGGCGUCUAGCCUUUGUAAAUUGAAAUAAGAUAUUACUACCUCC